GGUCGCUUAGGCUCUCCGGGUAAACGCAGACGGACGCGACGGGGUGGGGGGCGCGCGCCAUGGCGCAGGGCUCUGCGCGGGGCCCCUUUCCAGGCCCCGACUACUAUGAGAAGCUGGGCCGCCUCCAGGGCGCGCUGAGGGACAGUGAAAAGAAGAGAUUAGAUCUGGAAAGAAAACUUUAUGAGUAUUCCCAAUCUGAUAUAUGUAGAACUAAACUACAGUAUAUAAAACUAAAGAAAUACCUGAAAGAAAUAUGUGAAUCAGAAAGAAAGGCUCACAUUCGAAACCAAGAAUAUCUAAAACAAUGUCAUCAAAUUCAGGCCCAUAUUGGAAGCUUCACUAGAAAUACAGACAGACUUCAGAAAAUGAAGGUGGAAUAUGAGGCUCAGAUCAAGAAAAUACACCUAUCGACAAAAAAUAGCCUGGGAGUGAAAGGCAUACUACAAGACAGUGAUGAAAAGGUGAUGCAAGUUGUGAAGCCGGCAGGAGUUAAUACAGGGACAGCCAUGUCAAGAGGAUUGUAUCAUCCAGCAACAAUCUUUAUGGGCCGCCAAAUGUCAGCCAUCUCAAGCACUGGAGAUUUCAGUACACAGUGGAAAUCUUCCCAGCCCACAAAGAGCUUUUCAAUUUCUGACCCACAUUCAUGCCAACAGACAGCAGAGAGAAGUAAUGUGACAGACAGCUGUGGAGUACAAAUGAAUAGUGAUACACAGUGCUUAAAUAAGUCUGACAAAAUAGAAGGAAAGACAUCUCUCCAGAUUGGUGAGAAAAUGCCAGUCACAUCCACAGUAUUGUCUGAGGUUGAACAAACUCAUUGCUUAGAGAUAGUAAGCAACACAAAUAAUGGCAAGAAUCAUUUACCCGAAAGCAAAAAGUCUGCAAAACUCAAUUCUCUGUUACAGGAAAGAUUAAGUCCAGAGAACAGAACCACUGAUUUAAAGGGUGACAGUUCUUACAGAUCAGAGGGAUCAGAAGAAGGAAUAGUGUCACAGGAACAUAUUAAAAAAAAGAAAGAAAGAAAGAAGCAGCCAGUUCCAUUGGUACCUGUCCCUGAAUUUUGUCCCUCUCAAAAUGCACAUUUAGAAGAAAAUCACCGUGCUUUGGAAACAUACUCAGAUCAUCACCAAGACCUGAAAAAUCAGAGACCCACCAAACAUAUGCAGGAGCAUGAAGAGGAAAGUUUAAGCAGUAACAGUGGCCUUACUGUUUCUGUGAGUGAAGAUGAUCCAAUUAUCAAUACUACAGAACUACACCCAAAUCUGGGUAACAGAGUUGACGAAGUAGAUGGAAUAGAGGCCUUAAAACUAAUCCAUGCUGAGGAAGAGAAAGAUACCCUAUCUGCUGAAAAAAAUAAUUGUAUUUUGCAAACUAUAAGCUCUCAUGCCUCGGAAAAGGAAUCCUCAGCUAAUUCACCAACAAGAGAGAAUUAUUUGACAUUCAAAGGAUUUUCCUAUCUGCUACAAUUCAUUGAAAACAAGUUAGCCCAAGAAAGCCUACAGUCUGUGGAACUCUAUCAAAAGGCAAUCAUAGAUCAAGAAAGAUUUAACUUGCUAAUAAGCCUUUGUAAUCAAACUGACAUUUUGAAAGAAGAAGACCUUGAAACAUGUGGAGCAGUUGUCCUUCACCAGCUUCAGAGAUUGUUACAGCACACAUCCGCUAAAUGCCUCUUACCUGAGGAAGCUCUUAUUGACAGAGGUAGUGGUAUGGAUGAAAAGCCAGUCAGUUCUGAAGAACUAUCAAACUAUGAUCCAUUAAGAGAGCAGUUAUCAAAGCAUGUUUCUGCCUUAAAAAAACACAAAAUCUCUCUCAAAGAAGAAGUAGCCAAGAUGUUUGAAGUCUUGAUAGCAGAAAACAGUAACCAAAGUUCCACGGCAACAGCAUUAUUGAAAAAAGCCCUUACAGAAGAGUGUGAAGAUAGGUCGUCUAUUCACAGUAAUGAAUCAUCUUGCAGCUUGCCAUCUAUUCUGAAUGACAAUGGUGAAAUAAAGCAAGCAAAACAUGCUCAAUGGCUUGACAGCAUUGGUACAAGGGAACAAGAAGUCACUAGUGCAUGUGAAGAUGAGAGCAAGGAAGAAAGCUUGGUAGAAAAGAUUCCUAUUACAGAAACAAAAGCAUAUCAACUAUUGAAGCAGUCCACAUUACAGGAUAAUAGAAAACAAACAGAAGAAAGAUACCAAAAGGAAAAAAUGGGAGCUGUGUCUGAAUUGCAGUUGGCAGACUUGAAUAUUGGCAGCAGUACUCUCAAGACAAAGACAAGUAACGAAAUCGGUUCAGAAGCUAGUUUUUCAUCUAGUGAAGGAAGUCCUUUGUCAAGGGAUGAAAGCAAAAGGAAAAUAACAACUAAUUUAAAAUCAAAAGCUUUUUGGGGAGAAUCAGAUGAUAGCAACUCAGAAAUUGAAGCUGCUUUACGUCCUAGAAACCACAACACCUCUAUUGAUGAUUUUGAUGACUUCUACAACUAAGAAACGUCACCUUCUUGAAACUGAAAAGAAGAUUUUAAAUAAAAAAUUCAAGUUUCAAAAUGGAAUGUGUUUUGUGUAUGGCUGAAACUCUUUUUGUAUGUUUGGUGUUCAAAAUCAGCAUAUCCUCAAGUAAUCUUUCAGGUAUGAAAACAUGGAAUUACACAGGUUUUUAAAUAAGAAUCCAUGGAAUAAAUAUAGGUUCAUUUCUUAAGUUCUCUAAACUAAAUUGAAUCUCUAUGUGGAAAAAAAAUCCACUGAGGAGUGAAGUAGGAGGAAAAAAGAGGAAAGGGUACUGAAAGAUCAGAAUAUCCUACUAUCCAUUUCCCCAAACUUAGCUCUGUAAUAGCUUCUUAGAUAGUUUAAGUGUAGUCUUGUAUAGAAUUUGACAGAUUUACUGUGUAACCUUUCCAGGUUUCCUCUAAUUCUAUGCUUUUUAAAAAAUUCAUUAAAUCAAUUAAUAAGCAAUCAAAAACAUUUAUCAAGCUCCUCCUUUGUACCAGGCACUGUUCUAAGCACUGGGAAAAUACAAAAAGAGGCAAAAGACGGCCCCAGCCCUCAAGCGCUUACAAUCUAACCAGAGAGACAAUGCUCAAACAAAUAUAUAUAAUGAGCUAUAUGAAAUAAUUAAUGGUGGGAAGGCACUACAAUUAAAAGGGUUUGGAAAGGUCUUCCUGAAAAAGAUGAGAUUUUAGUUGAGACUUAAAGGAAGCCAGGGAAAUUAGUAAGCAGAGUGGAGGAGGGAGGGCAUCCAAGGGGGGGGAACAGCCAGAGAGAAUACCCAGAGCCAAGAGAUCACAUAUGUUGUUUAUUUGGAGGGUGGGAGAGGGAAUCAAGUUCUCAUAGUAAAAGGCAAAUGAAGACUUUUAAAAUACCACUGUCAUUGUAAAGCUCAUUUUUAUGGAACUUCCUGACUAACAAUGACAUAAUCAUUUGUGAUAAUCCAGUGAUCGGGAACACUCUAAUUUCCUCACUGCUUUGGAUUAUUUAUUCAAAACAGGUAAAGUAAUGACCCUUCAGUGUAUAGUAGCCAACCUUAAUAGAAAUAGAUCUUCUACAGCAGUAAAAAUGGGAGUGAGGAAGGAACAAUUUGAGCCAUCAGUGCUGUUCUAGAUACUCCAACUUCUCUAACAAGCAUAGUUACAUAGUUGGGGACAGGGAAGAGGCAUGUGGAUAUUGAGUUCUGUAUUUUUUACCCUGCUCCUGCCAUAGGCAAAGAAGACAUAUGUAACAGAAUCUUUUGAGACAGCAUUCACAAAACAAAAAAAAAUCUUCAAUAUGGUUUUAUAAGGACUAUCCAAAUUUAAAUACAUAAAACAUUUUCACUCAUGGAGAGAAAUCAACAAUAAUAAUGUGCAUAUAUGUUGUAAUUGUGAUUCUAUACAUUGAUCUGGUACCUUAUCGUUUAAAGAACACUUUCACAUGCAGUGUCUCAUUUGAUUUUCCGUACAGCCUCUCAAACAGGGGGACAGAUUUGCCAUUAUUAUCCCUAGUUUAUAAAUAUGGGAAUUUGUUCAUGCUCAGAGUUUAAGUGACAUACCUAGUGUCAGAAAAAUAAUUCUCUUCAAAUUUAAGAGAGUUGAAAAAUCAUAAUUGAGAAUUUGACGGAUGGUAGAGAGAACUGUUCUUGUCCUGGUUUUGUGUUAACAUUAGUCAGAAAGAUCAGAGACCAGAAAGAACAGAGGCUUUAUGACAUGAUUCAUUUAAAAAUCCUCAGUGAAGCAAGCAAGGGAACUAAUUGAGUCAAUAUCUUCAAUAAAGUAGCAACAUACCAACUAAACCCACAGAAAUAAUCAGUAUUUCUAUAUAAACAAUGACAAAAUUGAGGAAGUAAAAGAUAAAGAAAUCUCAAAAUAAUUACAAAAACAUAUAUAGGGGAAAGGAAAUAUGAUACCCACAAUUCCCACAGCUCUCUUCUCUCUCUCCCUCCCUCCCCCUGAUCUCUAUUGUUAAAUAGCCACCAACGCAAAGGAAUUUGAUUUCUCACCUGAAGAUGAAAGCAUAAUUUCUAGUUGACCUUAAUAAUCCCUAUGGGGCAAGUCCUACAUGUUCUGGGAGUUUUGUUGGGACAAAGCUUCCUCUAUGAAGAGGAAGACGCUACUUUCUUAACUUUUUUCUUUAUUGUCUUUGGGUUGGGCCAAGUCUUUGCAAGCACCAAGAUAAUUAAUAAUGAGAAAAAUGUGUAAAAUACCGACUUUGUUAAAAUUGUUAAACCAUGAAUUUGGAACUGAGUGUAAUCCCCAAGCCCACCAAAUGGUAGACUUGUAUCUUUGAACAAUGUUAAUCAUUUUCAGAUUGUCUGUGAACUGUGCAUAAAGAAGUGGUUUGGUACAAGUAGAAAGAACAAUAGCUCUUUUCUAUUCUCAACC